AUGCUCGCGGUUCAAUAUUGGAAUCUUUCGCUUGCUCGGGUAUCAACGGAGACGGCACUUCACAACCUAGCUGUGAGGGUAGAAAGGGCACUAGAAUCGAAACAGUACGCUCUAGGCUGCUUCUUCGACGUGGAGGGGGCCUUUGACAGGGCUACCUUCCAAGCCGUUGAAGAGAGUCUGGAGAGAGAAGGAAUCCGACCGACAUUAGCGCAGUGGAUAGGCAGUAUGCUUAGGUGCAGGUCUAUAACGGCGGAGUUGGGAGGAAUAACAAAGACGAUUAGUCCCAGGAGGGGGUUCCCGCAGGGAGGCUGCUUGUCACCCUUGAUGUGGUGUCUACUUCUGGACUCUAUGGUAAGAGAACUCAACAGGGGAGGCUUGUACAUGCAGGCCUACUCUGAUGACGGAGUACUACUGGUGAGAGGUAUGGUCCUCAGUGUCAUGAGGAACAUAAUGGUAAGAGGUCUCAGACAGGUACUGGGAUGGUGCAGAGGGAGAGGACUGGAUCUCAAUCCGUCGAAAACUAAGCUGGUGUUAUUCACUAAUAAGAGGAAAAAAGAGCUGGAACCCAUAAAAAUAGAGGGCGUAGAACUAGAAAUGGUAGACGAGUUCAAAUAUCUGGGCAUUACUCUUGACAGUUCACUCAGAUACAAGACUCAUAUCAGAGAGCAGACGGCUAAGGCCAUAAGAACGCUGUACCAAUGUAAAAGGGCAGUAGGGAAGAACUGGGGACUGAAGCCGAGUAUGAUCCACUGGAUUUACAAAGCCAUUAUCACACCCAGGGUGCUAUAUGGGGCGGUGAUCUGGUGGCACAGGACCCAUAUUGGAGAAUAUCGGAAGAAUCUGACAAAAGUACAAAGACUAGCCUGCCUCAUGAUGACGGGGGCUAUGAGAACCACCCCGACACAUGCUAUGGAGGUGCUGUUAGGCUUAAAGCCCCUCUGGAUUGAGGCAGAGAAGAGAGCCAUGGAACAGUGGUACAGAAUAAAAGCAUGCAAGGAAUGGAGAGGAAGUUGCGUGGACAAGAGACACGCACUGAUACAAAGAGAGGCACUAUCGAAGCUAGAAAUGCUGAUGGUCAAUAAUGACCUCAUAAAGAGGGAGGAGAUUUUCGAUAAGAAGUAUAGGGUACAUAUAGGAGAAAGAGACAACUGGAAGGUAGAGGUCGUGCACCCAACGACUAUAUGCUUCACAGAUGGCUCUAGGAGAAGCUCUACAAAGCUAGCAGGAGCGGGAAUAGUAAUCCCGAAACUAGGAGAAAAGGUGUCGAUACCACUAGGGAGAUACACUAGCGUGUUCCAAGCAGAGAUGUGUGCCAUAGCGCGCUGUGCACGUAUAUUAAAAGAAAGCGAUAAACAAGAUGGAGCCGUGGUAAUAUACACCGACAGUCAAGCGGCACUAAAGGCUCUGAAGAGAAUAUCGGUGACCUCGUCCCUGGUGAGAGAAUGCAGGGCAGAGCUCAACUCGAUAGGCAAGCAUAGAAGUGUAACGGUUGCGUGGGUACCGGGACACCAGGGAGUCACAGGUAAUGAGAAAGCGGACGAGCUGGCAAGGGCGGGGGCGGAGACGGAAUUCUUGGGUCCGGAACCGGCUCUGCCUAUGUCAGCUGACGUCACGAAAGGAGUCAUUGAGAGGAUAAAAGAGAUGGAAGCACAAAGAGCCUGGGAAAGAGAGACCAGUUGUAGACAAACGAAGAUGAUGAUAGAAGGUAGAGACCAAAGGAGAACUAGGUAUCUUCUGAAACUAUAG